UAAUGAGAUUCAGGAACUUAGGAAGAGACUGGAUCUGAUUAAAAAUGAUAGGAGUUCCAUUUAGAUGAGCAUCCGAGUGAGGAAUCAAUGGCCAUUGUGAGAGGAAAAAACCUGAAAAUUUAUCACCCGACAGAGAAAUAAUUGGUAGGGAAGAGGACAAGGAAAAGAUCAAACGACUUUUGUUUGAUUCCUCCUCUAGCCAGAGUGUGUCAUUUGUUGCCAUAGUUGGUAAAGGAGGUCUUGGAAAAACCGCACUCGCACGACUAGUGUACAAUGAUGGGGAAGUAAAAGAACAUUUUGGGCCUGAUAAGAUGUGGUGGGUGUGUGUAUCUGACGUCUUUGAUGUGAAUUUGAUUAUCAAACAAAUUCUUAAAUUAGCAAAGUGUGAAGAUCUUGAUUAUAAGCCUAAAGACCAGUUGGAGAGUCUUCUAAGUAUGAAGAAAUACUUGCUUGUUUUGGAUGACUUGUGGAAUGAAGAUCGGCUUGAAUGGUUGAAGCUUGGAGAGUGGCUAAAGGGUGGUUUACAGGGAAGCAAGAUACUUGUAACCACUCGCAGCCACAAAGUUGCAACGGUCAUGGAUGCGAAAUCAGACAUCCAUGUUCUUGAUGACUUAUCUGAAGGGAAGUCGUGGGACUUAUUUAGGAAAAUGGCUUUUGGAGAUGGGGUAGAAUUAUUAGACCCAGAACUCGAGAAGAUGGGUCGAGAUAUAGUUAAAAAAUGCACCGGGGUUCCCCUUGCCAUUAGAACUAUAGGAGGCCUUUUGUACGGCAAAAACAAAGAUGAAUGGGUCCGUUAUAAAGUGCAUGAACUUCCAAAAAUUAAAGAAAUUGAUGCAGUUAGUGGAGGAAUUAUGCAAGUCCUUAAGUUCAGUUAUGAUCAUCUCCCGUCAUGCUUGAAACAUUGUUUUGCAUAUUGCUCAUUGUUUCCAAAAGAUUAUGUCUAUGAUAAAGAUAUGAUGAUUCAUCUUUGGAUGGCACAAGGCUUUAUUGAGUCAUGCAACAGGGAAGAUAACCUUGAAGAGGUCGCCGACAAUUACUUGUCAGAACUACUAUAUAGGUCAUUCCUCGAUGUUGAAUCCACAUCAAAAAAUGGUGAUGUGGUCCUACGAUUCAAGAUGCAUGAUCUCAUGCACGAUCUUGCCCAAAAAGUUGCUGAAGGUGAAUGCAAGAUUGUUCAUUUUAGAGAAGCAGACAAUGAUCAAGGAAUUCGACAUGCGUCCUUUAUUUCGGAGAUACUCUCUGAAGAGAAAUUGGUGUCUCUACUCAAAACAUCCAAAUUGCGGACGUUUCUCUAUUUGAAAGGUGAAUCCUCUAAGCUUUUUUUUGGUCGGUCAUCCUCCGUACUCAAUAAUAGUCACAAAGUUUUCUCCAGAUGUGGACAUUGUCGAGCGUUGUGUUUGCACCAUGCAAAUAUUUCUCUCCCUCCUUCCUCCUUAGGAAAGUUGAAGCAUUUAAGAUUACUUCAUAUUUCGAAGAAUCAAUCCAUCCAGAGUUUGCCAGAUUCAAUCACUGAUUUGGUGAACUUGCAGACCCUUAAACUCUCUUAUUGUAGGCUUCAAACAUUUCCUAGAGAUUUGAGGAAAUUGGUCAAACUUAGACACCUCUUAAUUGAAUACUGUAUCUCACUAAGCCAGCUACCACCCCUGAGUGAACUCCCUUCCCUAAGGACGUUGAGUCUUGUGUUCUUAUAUGCGUUAAAGUUCAUUCAACAAACAAGUGACCCAAAGCCGUCUAAUACCACAAUCCCCUUCUUUCAAUCUCUUGAACGUCUAACUCUCUCCUGCUGCGAAAGGCUGGAAGGAUGGCAGGGAAGAAUGCAAGAAAUGGGAGUACAUCAAAAGCAUCGGUCAGACAACUCAUGGCCAUCCUUCCCGAAACUUCAGUUUGUGCAUAUAAACGAUUGUCCCCACUUGAAUUCUAUACCAUCAUUCCCCCAUGUGGAAGACUUGAGGAUAGAUAGCACAAAAAUGUUGGAACAACAAUUGAUGGCCAAUCCAAAUUGCCCAUCAGAAGGAAUAGUGGAAGCCACAUUCAUUCCUUUCCCUAAACUAAAAUAUCUAACAGUUUUUAAAAGUUAUGCGAGACGAGAGCCCUUCAUGCUUAGGACUCUACUUCAAUCGGCCAGUAACCUCGAGUAUUUGACAAUCAGCCGUUUCAACCUAAGGAGUCUCUCUUGUGUGAUGCAACACCUUUCCUUGCUCAAGGAACUCAACAUUCGGUAUUGUUGUCGAGGACUCGAUUUAUCUUACCAAGAAGAUGAGCACGGCAGCCAAUGGCAAUGCCUUACGAAUCUUCAUGUUCUUACCAUCAAAGGUUGUUCAAAAUUGGUGGCAUUACCCAAGGGGAUUCAACAUGUGACAACUCUACGAUUUCUCAAGAUUUCAAGUUGGUCAAGGCUUAGAUGUUUGCCGGAAUGGAUUGGAAAUUUCUCUUUACUCGAAGAGCUUGAAUUAAUUGGCUGUACAUUUUUAGAGCAUAUACCAUUUGAAAUACGCAACCUCACACGUUUGAAGAAAUUGGUAAUUCAUAAUUGUUCGUCCUUGGAUGAAGGGUGCCUAGCUGAUGUGCACAUCCCAAUCAUUGAUUGGAAGUCUUACUCCUACGAUUCGGAUCCUGGCUUGGACUCGGACGGCUCGCCCUUCCCAUUCGUAUAAGCAUGAGAGGUCGCAGUGCAAAUAUUUAUCAAGAAGAAGGAUUAGCGUCUCUCCACUCACGCGUGUAGAACAAACGCCUCCUUUGCCUCCUCGUCUUCCUCGUACAACCUUCUCACUCCCCUUCCCUCCUUCAUCUCCUCCAUCACUGCCGCCUGAAGAACCCCAGCGUCCCCGACGCGCGUCGCAUCCUGUCGAUCGCCUCCUUCCUCUUUGGCCGGGUCUGCCUGCCUUCGGAUGUCUCCUGCGGUCGGAUGACGAAAUUCUAGGGAUUUCGGUGAUCGCGGCGUCGACGAGGCCUUUGACGCCGGCUUUCGAGUCGUCGCCCGCUCUGUCGUAACUUCCCGUUCGCCGGAGUCGGAGGCCAAAUCGAUGGUAGGCAUUGUUCCUCUCUCUCUCUCUCUCUCUACUGCAAUUCAAUUUUCACUGUGAAUGUGUAAUAAGUUUGGAUUAUGAAUCGAAUGUUAUGGAGACAUUUGGAUUAUGAUUUGAGUGUCAUGGAGACAUUACAAUGUCAAUGCAUGAUAUGAGCAUCUUCUUUAUA